AUGUCUGCUCGUCGAUUACAUAAUUGUAAUAGUGAUCCUGUUCGAAUCGAAGGUGCAACUGGGUUGAUAAACCGCUCAAAUCGAUGGCCAAUAUUAGCACCGACAUCAAUUUCAAAUAAUCGUCAAUCAACUGCUGAUGAAAGAGCAAGACGAUGCCAGGCUGAAGCUUAUAAACUUUUAACUCGUGAUACAUCAACUAAUGAUCGUGAAAAACAAUCGAUAACACAUCAACAACUUUUGGACACUAUUUUACUAACAUCUUCUUUAUAUCGAACUCAAAAAUCUGUAAUAGAGAAAGGUAUUUUAGAUUCAAAAAAAAACGAUUUAGUUCGUUAUUCAUCAUCUCAAACGAAUGAUACUCAUGAACUAACCUUGUUAAAUGACUCUCGAGGUGCAUUUACAACCACUUAUUUACUUCGACGACUUAACAAUCUCGAACGUGAAUCAGCAAUUACGGCAAAUAUUGCAUCAUCAAUUCAACAAUCGUUACUGCCAGCUUCAAAUGUUGACGUAGAUACUACGAAUCCGUUAACAACCGAUAAUGAAACUGAUUUAGAUGCAAGUCGAACGACACUAUUAAAUCAAGAUGAUGAUGGAAGACAUUUAAGAAGUUCUUAUGUUGCCAAUCGUGUUUCUUCACAAUUACAAGAACGUUUAAUUGGUCCACCUCGGCGACCGAGAUCUCUAACAAGUUCUUCACAAAAUCGGACUAUCAUCGAUGUUCAAAAUAUUCAACCAACAAAUCAAAAUCGACAAUCUGGAUUACAACAAUAUCAAAAACAAAGAGUGAUGCCAAAAUAUGAUGAAAGAAGAUCUCGUGAUUCAUUAGUAAAUGAUGAUAAUUCAUCAUCAACUAUUUCUAGACUUGUUUCUGUUACAUCAAAUAAUACAACUUCUCGUCAAGAUGUGGGAUCAUUGAAUAGAUUACAAACAAUCAGGGCAUCAAAUGUGAAAAAAUCUUCCAAAACAAAAAAAAAUAGUAUUAUAAAAGUCUUUCAAAUGAGUUCAUCAACACCAAAACCAAUAACACUUGAAGGAAGUUGUCAUUGUCAACGUGUGAAAUAUUCAGUUGAUUCAUAUACUCCUUAUCCAUUUAUGAUAUGUCAUUGUCUAGCUGAUACAAAAACAGCUGGUGUAUUUAAUUGCAAUAUUAUGGGUGAAUAUCCAACAUUGAAAAUCAAACAAGGCAAAGAAUUUAUUAAAAUUUAUCAAGUUAAAUUAUGUGACACUGAAAGUGGUAGUAAAGAAAAAUCAAGUACUAAACUAAGCAAUCAUAAACGACAUUUCUGCAGUGAAUGUGCUUCAUAUCUUUGGGCUCAUUGUGAUGACUAUCCACAAUGGGUUUAUCCAUUUGCAUCAUCUAUUGAUACACCAUUACCAAUACCCGAUGAAUAUAUUCAUAUAAUGACAGAUUUCAAACUUAAUCAUGUAGAAGUUCCAAAAGGAAAAAAUAUUCAAAGUUAUCCACGUUAUCCAGAUGGUGGUAGCAUUGAAGAAUGGCACAAAGAACAUGGUCUUUAUGGAACUUAUACAAUCAAGAAAUAA